AUUUUCUUUAUGGUCCUGUGCAGACGUGUGCAUAAUUAUUUUUGAAUGUUUUGUUUGUGGUGAUAACAUUUAUCAAUUGGUUUUUGAUAAUUUUCGAUUAAUGUUGUCUUGCAACAGUUUCGACAAUAAUAAUUAAUAAUUAGUAGGCUGUAGUUGAUUGUUUUUAAUUUUAAUAUUAUAUAAUUAUUUAUGUAAGGAAUUGUUUUCUAUUUUAUCUAUACACAGACACACACACACAGACAUACACCCACCCGCCCACACACACACACAUACAUGUUAUGUUAUUUACAUAUCAUUUACUGACUACACAUCUCUGUUUACAUAAAAUUAAAUUGAUUUCAGAAUUAUAUUAUAAGGUAGUAGAUUACCUUUAAAAUGUUCUCUACUAUCUAGAUAGUUUUAAUUUUAUUUUUGGUAUUCAUUAUACUUAUUUCAAGUAUUCUUUAAUUGUUAACUCCUAUUGAGGUCGAGAGUUUCUAUUUCUACAUUAAUUAAUUGAUUUUAAUAAUGAGUAUGGACCGUGAUUAUGCACCGCUUAGUGCUGCGUGUGUUCGGGCAUUGAACGAUAAAAUGUACGAUAAGAGAAAAGCAGCAGCGCUGGAAAUUGAAAAGAUGGUUAAAGAAUUUGCAGCUGUCAACAAUUCCAUGCAAAUACGACGGUUGUUAAAAGUACUGGGACAAGAUUUUUCAAUGUCAAAAAAUGCUAAUACUAAAAAAGGAGGACUCAUAGGACUUGCUGCUAUGGCUGUUGGACUGGGAAAAGAUUCUGUAAAUUAUAUUGAUGAUUUAAUUAUACCAAUAUUGGUAAAUUUGAAUGACGCUGAUUUAAAAGUUCGAUAUUAUGCCAGUGAAUCACUAUAUAAUGUUUCUAAAGUUGCUCGCAGUGCAGUUUUAAAACAUUUUCCUGAUAUUUUUAAAUCUUUAAGUAAACUGGCCACUGAUCCUGAUCAAAAUGUUAAAAAUGCUUCUGAGCUUUUAGAUCGUUUAAUGAAGGAUAUUGUUACAGACAAUUCAAACAUUUUUGAUCUUGUUGGCUUUAUACCAUUGCUUCGAGAGCGCAUUUAUACAGAAAAUACUUUUGCAAAGCAAUUCAUAAUUUCGUGGAUUACUGUCUUAGAUGAUGUUCCUUCAAUUGACUUAGUGAUAUAUUUACCAGAAAUUUUAGAUGGAUUGUUUAAAAUGCUUUCUGAUCCUACAUUUGAAAUUAAAAAAAUGUGUGAUGCUGUUUUAAAAAAAUUUUUAGAUGACUUGCAUCGUAAUCCUGAAAAAGUUAACUAUACAGAUAUGAUAAAUACUGUUGUUAUUUAUUCAUAUUCUACUGAUGAAUUUGUUCAGUUUACAGCAAUGUGUUGGAUAAAAGAAUUCAUUGAUAUGUAUGGUUCAAAUAUUUUACCAUUUGCAUCUAAUAUUUUAAAAGCUUCAAUGGCAUCAAAUUCAAAUCAAGAUAUAGAAUCCCAAAUACGUAUCAAACAAACAGCAAAAUUAGUCAAUUCAACAUUGAUGGAGCUAAUUAAUGGUGUAGAAGAUAAAAUUGAUGACACAGAAAAAGAUGCGGAAGGAAAAAAUUUAGAUCUUGCAUCAGUUAUUACUGUACUUAUUAAAGAAUUGGGUGGAUCUACAGUUGAAACUAAAAUAACAGUAUUAAAAUGGAUUUACCAUUUGUUUAUUCAUUUACCAAACAGAAUACUUAUGUACAUGGAGUCAAUAUUUCCUUUAUUGCUAACAACAUUAUCAUAUCCGAAUGAAGAAGUUGUGCAAAAUGAUUUAAAAGUUAUUGCAAAAAUAAUUUCUCCGUCAGCAGCUCAAACAAAUAAUAAACAAUAUUUUGACCAAUUUAUUUUAAGUUUAUUGAAACAAUUUAGUUGUGAUCGAACAUUAUUAAAAGAACGUGGACAAUUUAUUAUAAGACAAAUAUGUGGCUUAUUAAAUUCAAAUGAUAUUUACCGAACAUUAUCUACAUUCCUGUUGGAGGAGAAGAAUAUGAAAUUUGCAUCUGUGAUGAUAGGAACACUGAAUACAAUAUUGUUAACAUCUCCUGAACUUUAUGAUUUGCGAACUCAGUUGCGGGAUGUCGAAAAACAAGAAAAUCGAGAAAUGUUUUUGUGUUUAUUUCGAACGUGGUGUCAUAAUCCAGUGGCUGCAGUAGCAUUGUGUUUACUUACUCAAAAUUAUUUUCUUGUUUGCAAGCUGUUGCAGACUUUUGCAUCAAUGGAUGUUACUAUUGAUUUGCUUAUUGAAGUAGACAAACUAAUUCAGCUAUUGGAAUCUCCAAUAUUUAUAUAUUUAAGAAUGGAGCUCUUGGAAGAACCAGUAAAUCAGUAUUUAAUUAAAGCACUUUAUGGACUUUUGAUGAUAAUGCCUCAAUCUGACGCUUUUCAUUUAUUGCGACAUAGGUUGAAAUGUGUUCCUCAUUCAAGAAUGGGUACUGAAAUGCCAGCCAGUGGAAAUGUUGAAAAAGAUUUCAAAGGGAUGUUUGACACAAGUACAAUGUUAAAUCAUUUUACAACAUUACAAGAAAAACAUAGGAAUUACCGAAUAAACACUAAUUCCAGUCAGCAGAUUGAUAAAGCUAUUGCCAAAAUUGAUAUACAAUAGUCAUCAUAACCAUUCAAGUUAUUAUAGUAUGUUAUUUUGCCAUUAUUACCUAAUACCUUUUAAACAAAGACCAAUUAUUGUUUUAAGCAUUUUAAAUUAUGAUUUGUGUUUAAAUUUUAUGAAGCCGUAUGUCGAUAUCAUUGUUAUUUGUUUUAGAAUAACAAAAAAAUGUUUGUAUUUAAAA